AUGGCCAACGCCGAUACUUACCCGCCACCGAAAGAUGUCGAGUUGCCGAUGUUGAACGCCAUCCCAGCCCAUCUGGUGGACCGUUUCGACCCCAUCUUUGUCCAGUACCACAACAAAUACCAACUCGGAAGGCUACACACUCACCAAAUACCUAUUGAGUGGGUCCGGGCCAAUCCUGCCAAGUAUGCCAUUUCCUAUGGCCUCGCACACUUCCCCACAUCCCGCGUCAAGAUCUCGGAGCAGAAAUGCCCGGUAAAGGGCGGCGAGAUCACCGUGCGCAUCUUCGAGCCCGUGGACGGGAAACCCAAGAAGCCAGCUUACAUGAACUUUCACGGUGGCGGUUGGGUUUUUGGCGGCGGCCUUACAAAGGACCAUGAGUUCUGCAAGAGGAUUGUGCACAAGCUUGGUUGCGUCGCUUUCGACGUAGACUACAGGCUGGCACCUGAGUAUCCACACCCGACGCAGCUGGAUGACUGCUGGGACGCUUUUCAGUGGAUGAGAGCGAAGGCUGACGAGUUCGGGUUGGAUCUGGAAAAAAUUGCCGUUGGAGGAGCGUCGGCGGGUGGUCAUCUUGCUGCUGUCAUAGCAAUAAGAUGCCGCGAUAAAGGCAUCCCCCUGGCCUUCCAGCUACUGCAGGUGCCGGCCACCGACUUAGUAGCUGCUUUCACCCCGACAGCGGAGCUCAACCCGGAUUGUCCGUACGACAGUUACAGAGAAAUGUGGGACGUCGUGGUGCUCCCGGGAGAGCGGAUGAGUUACUUUCAGAAGGCUUGGUUGGGAAAUCCCCGGCCAGCCAAGUAUGACAAUGACUGGGAAGUGUCCCCCAUGAAAAAUCCAGACUUGUCCAAUCUUGCUCCAGCUUUGGUUGUUACUGCCGAGAUGGACCCGCUGAGAGAUGAGGGCGAGGCCUAUGGUAGGAAAAUGAACGAGGCUGGCUCAAAGGCCGAGAUCUGGCGGAUUCCGGGUGUCCCUCAUACUGUUGUCCAUUUGGAUGCGAUUCUCAAAGGUGGGCAGGAAUUUAACGAGAGGGCUGUGAAGGCCCUCUCAGAGGUCUGGGGGGUCCCCAUCACUCCUUAG